CUGGGCCCCUGGGUGGGGCGCGCUGGCAGCUGGGGUGAGAAAGGGCUAACUCCAACCCUGGCAAAAGAGAAGGGAUGGGAUGUCGAGCAAAGGGGGUGAAUGGCUGCGAGGGCUGGAGAAGAGGAUUGGGGUGCUGGGUCUGGCGGAUGCAGGGGGUCUUAGGGUGUCUGGGGGUAGGAAGCUGAGGGGCAGGUGCGGAAGCUGGCCUUAGACCAGGGCAGGUGAGGCAAAGGGUGGAGGGCAGCCGGAGCAACUGCGAAGCAGGGGCGGGGACGGAUGGUCCCCCCUCCCGCGUGUCUGCUCUUUGGACACUAAAGGAGAUGGAUGGGGUAGGGGAGACAGAGCCUGCGUGGCCCCGGGCGGCUCAUCGCUUAGCCACUGCCCCCGCAGCGGAGGGGUCAGGCGGGGGUCCGGCUGCAGAUAAAGGCGAGCGGGGGACUGGGCGGCCGGCGGCAGCAGCAUGAGCGGGACAGGCCAGAGCCACGCUGCGGACGCGGCCCCCGACUCGGACCCGGGCCAGGCAGCGGUCGCCUUGGCCUACCAGCGCUUCGAGCCCCGCGCCUACCUUCGCAACAACUACGCGCCCCCUCGGGGGGACCUGAGCAGCCCGGAUGGCGUGGGGCCUUGGAAGCUGCGCUGCUUGGCCCAGACCUUCGCAACCGGUGAGGUGUCUGGACGCGCCCUCAUUGACAUUGGUUCAGGCCCCACCAUAUACCAGCUGCUCAGCGCCUGCGCCCACUUUGAAGACAUCACCAUGACUGAUUUCUUGGAGGUGAACCGCCAGGAGCUGGGACUCUGGCUGCGAGAAGAGCCCGGGGCCUUCGAUUGGAGUGUCUACAGCCAGCACGUCUGCCUCAUUGAGGGCAAGGGUGAAUCCUGCCAGGAGAAGGAGCGCCAGCUGCGAGCGAGGGUGAAGCGGAUCCUGCCCAUCGACGUGCACCAGCCCCAGCCCCUGGGCACCGGGAGCUUGGCGCCCCUGCCUGCCGAUGCCCUGGUCUCUGCCUUCUGCCUGGAGGCUGUGAGUCCAGACCUGGCCAGCUUCCAGCGGGCCCUGGACCACAUCACCACACUGCUGAGGUCUGGAGGGCACCUGCUCCUCAUCGGGGCCUUGGAGGAGUCGUGGUACCUGGCUGGGGAGGCCAGGCUGGCAGUGGUGCCUGUGUGUGAGGAGGAGGUGAGGGAGGCUCUGGCACGUAGCGGCUACAAGGUGCGGGACUUGCGCACCUACGUCAUGCCGGCCCACCUUCGGACAGGCGUGGACGAUGUCAAGGGCAUCUUCUUUGCCUGGGCCCAGAAGAAGGUGGGGGUGUGAGGCCCCAGCACACCCAGUGCCGGCAUCCCUCACCCACGCCGAGUCCCUGUUGUCCGAGGUGAUGUCUAAUAAAGAAAUAAGUCCCUG